GGGCAGGGGCUUGUUCGCUGCUCCAUGCUGCCUGACAGCCCAUUUGCCCAUCAGGGAGGGGCAGGGUUUGCCCCAGGAAUUAGGGCAAGGAGGGCCCCCGCUAGGCUUUUCCAAGCACAAUUCAGACGGUUGCUUUACGUGGCUAGAGGCCGGGUGGCAGGUUUGUAAUCUUGAGCAGGGGAUGGACAUUGCUUGCCGUUGCCGCUGGCUUUCUGUGCACCAUGAGAGGUCAUUGAUCUAACCGGGGAGGAUGUGUGUUCGGAAGCAGCAGCGCAGGAUACCUUCACUGUGAUUGACUUGACGGAAGUGGAGGAGGAGCGUCCAGCCGACAUCCCGCAGGGUGGUGCUGGCACUGCUCCAGGCAUGGAGUGUGCGUCGCCUCCCAGCCUCCCUGCCCUCAUGGACAUAAAGCGUGAAAGGAAAGAGGUGGCCGACCAAGGCCUUGGGGCCCCAUGGGAUGGAGCCCACGAAGAAACAAAGGGUACCCACUUGGAAGGCUGCUUCUCCCCCGUCUCCUGUUGCGCGUACUCUGUCUGCGACCCUGAGCUCAGCAGCAGCACCACCACUAUUAACAGUGACCUGGGCUCCUUGGCCAGCCUCCUGCUGGACUCGGACGUGUUCUCCUGCUCUCCAGCCAGCAGCAAUAGCAGCAGCAGCAGGAGAGCAUCCUUGGACUGCUCCGCCGCAGAAUCUCGCAGUACCUGCCAGCAAAGGGAACACCUCCCCACCUCCCCUGCUCAGAGACAGUGCUCAGCUCUCUCCAGCUGCCCCCCAGCAAGCACUCCCAGGUCUCCAGAGCAGCCUUUGCUGGAGACAAGUAACUCAGUGCUGACUGCAGUGAAGCAGAAGCCCCCCGAGCCAGCCAAACUGCGGCCUGUCAAUAAGGCCUGGCUGCAUAAACUGCGGUACUGCAGGAAGACUCCGGUGCAUCACCUUUUCCUCCAGGGAGUGGUGCAGGAUGAGGAAUCCCACCAGAACGCACACCGGAGGGCACAGCCCAUCUCCAGCAGAAAAUUGAGCAUGGUGUCCACCACCAUGGAGGAGAACUUCCCCAAGGGCACCCUGCAGUUCCUAAUGGACUUCGUGUCCUGCCACCAUUACCCUCCAAAGGAGAUUGUGUCCCAUGUGAUCAGGAAUAUCCUGCUGAGCUCAGAGACUGGGAAGAUGCUGAAGGAUGCCUACAUGCUGCUGAUGAAAAUUCAAAUCCUUCAUCCAGCUACCGCCACAAUGGUGGGAUGGGACUGGGAGCUGCUACGGUAUGUCAUGGAAGAACAGGAGGAGACGCUCCCAGGGCGCUUCCUGUUCCUGCAGUAUGUGGUGCAGACCCUGGAGGAUGAUUUCCAGCGGAACCUGAGGCUGCGCUUCCUGCAGAAAUCCAUUGCCAAGGAGGUGCUUUCCUGUGACCGCUGCUUCAGCAACGUCAAGGAGGUGAUCGAGUGGCUGGUUGCUGCCAUUACUGGACUUGGAUUUUCCCAGCCCCGAAAGCAGCAGCAGAAAGCACCAUGUCCCUCAUCAGGGGCUGACUGUAGCAUCUCCUCCCCUGGGCCAGACUCAGCACAGAACGACAGUGAAACUGGGCAGGAAGAGGCCGUCCUACCGGCUUUCCUUUCCCAAAAGGUGGUGCUGCUUCUCCAGAGAAUGCUGUCCAUAGCUGUAGAGGUGGACAGGUCUCCCAACUGUAGCACCAAUAAGAUCGCUGAUGUGAUAUUUCCCUACUUGGUGAACAUUCCCCUCAGGAGCCAAAGGGAGGCCUUCUUAAACAGCAUGGAGAGCCAGCUCCUGCGCUGCAAAGUGCUGGAGCUCCUGUUCCACCACAGCUGUGACAUGCCAGCCUCCCUGCCCUUGUCUCUGAGCAAGAUCCUGUAUUUCCUGGGCCGCCAUUCUCUGCUGCUGCAGUAUCAGGACCACGAAGUAACGUGGCUGAGAUGGGAUGAGAUGCUUCAGCAUUUGAUUUUACUGUUAACAAGUUACCGCAUCGUUGUGCUGGAGCACUUAAGAAGUUCACUCAGUGAGCGGAUGGAUUUAAUUAUUUCAAAUGCCAAACCGCAGCUCCAGGCUAAUGACAGCGUCACCAGCGUGGACAUCGAGUUGCACGUCAAGAACUUCAGCAGCCGGCUGCUGCAGGUCCUGGGGAAGUCGCUUCCCCCACAGAUUAUGGACAAGGUGUGUGCACUUGAAGCGCUGCUGCUCACCACGGCUACCACCUGACAGGAGGAGGAUGCUCCCGCGGGAGCUGGCUUUCAGUGCCAGGCAGUAGCCUGGUCAAACAUCACUUGCCCCCUGUUCAGUUCUGUUUAUACAGUUGUUGUAUAGACCUAGGAGUCUCACUCCCUCCUCUGAAAGCUGCUUCUCCUUGUGCAACCUGUGUAGAGAUGUUUUUUAAAUUAAAUUUUCCUGGUUGAGGUUCUUUCCUCAAGCUACCAGUAA